CUCCCUCAGGGAAAAUGGCGAUGUGUCGCCCUCCGCAUAGAUUUCCCCUUCCGUUGUGAUUAUUCCUUUUAACAUCAAACAGCAAUCAAAGCUUAAAGGUUAUAGUACUGUCAUUGUAAAGAAAUCUGUCAAAAUGCUUCGUGGUUACGAAGGUGUUCGAUUUUUGUCAGAUAAACAGAUGGUCAUAUUUGAUAUUGGACAUGCUUAUACAAAAUUUGGUUAUGCGGGCGAAGCUACCCCACGCGGCAUAAUAAGGACGGAAGUUAAGUGUUCAGAGUCUAAAGAGCUUCGAAAAAUUUACGAUUACAAAGAUACAGAAGAUUUAUACCAAUUGCUUGUUGAAUUUCUUCAUGCUUUAUUUUUCAGACAUGUUGUAAUAUGUCCAAAAGAUGCUAAAAUUGUUAUUUUGGAAUCACCAUUAUCUCCAACACGAUUCAGAGAUACCUUAGCUAAAGUGUUGUUCCGACACUUUGAGAUUGGAUCAUUAAUGUUAUUACCGAUUCAUUUAGCAACUAUUAGUACAUUGGGUAUCAACACAGCUUUAGUUUUAGAUGUUGGCUAUAAAGAAGCUACAUUGAUUCCAAUUUUUGUGGGUGUACCAGUUUUAAAGGCAUGGCAGGCACUUCCAUUAGGUAGUCAAAUUGUCCACGAGUAUUUAACAAAAUCUUUGAAGGAUACAUCUCCCAAUAUAGAUGUAUCAGAAAAACUUGUGGAAGAUAUAAAAGUAAGAACAUGUUUUGUUACUACAUUAGAAAGAUCUCGUAAACUAGGAACAGCAGAAGCUCCUAAUCCUCCCCCAGCAGUUAAAUAUCCUGGGCUUAAAACUAUCAAUAUACCUGGUGAAGUUCGAGAGAAAGCAUUUGAAACAUUAUGGGAAAGAGACAAUGAUAAUCUUAGUAUACCUACAAUGAUUUUAGAUGCUCUUAUUCAGUGUCCAAUAGAUACUAGGCGAAUUUUGGCUGAAAAUAUACUACUAAUUGGUGGUACAACAAUGGCAAAAGGCUUUAUAAGUCGUCUUAAAUCUGAACUUUUAGUUCUUGUGAAGAGUAGUUUAUAUUCAGAGAAAUUAAAAAUUGAAACGUUUAAAUUUCAUACUGCACCUAGUAAGCCAAAUUACACAGCAUGGCUAGGAGGUGCUAUAUUCGGAACCAUAGAUUUGCCAUUAAGAUGUCUAACAAAAGAGAAUUAUUUAAAAUCUAAUAGAGUCCCUGAUUGGGUUAGUUUAAUAGACAAUCAAACAGAGGAUUCACUGACUUGUGAAAUUUAAGACACUACUUCAUUUGUAACAAAGAUACUAAACAUCGAUUGCUGUAUUUAUACGUGUAUAUAAAAUAUGUAAGUAUAUAUAUUUAUUGUUUAUAUAACUGAGACUCGUGUCACAUGAAUUACAUAAAACAAAUAGUACUGAAAA